CCCAGGCGCAGUUCUCUUCUUCGGCCCCUCGUGGAAGCAGCGGCCUUCGCGGGCCUCUGUCCUGCCAGCAGACCAGGCCCCCUUGGCGCCAUCCUCAGAUGCAAGUCUGCGCCUCAUCUGUUCCUGCCCAAAAGCCUGUUCAAGCCUUGAAGAGCCGUCCUCGAUGCUGCUGGCGGAGCCUGAGGGAGACCCAGCGUCCCCGGGGUCAGGCCUGAAUCAGAGAGGCUGCCGCCCGAGACGGCUGCGGCAGUUCCCUUGCACUUGUGGACAUUGGUAGGCGUGGUCUUCUUCUUCGGCAGCUUCCGGAAGACUACCCCUCGGGACUCGGUUGCUGUUCCAGAGGAGCAGAAGGGCUUGUUCUUUGACCGCACACAAGGACUAGAAAGCAGAAGCUUAGAGAAACUCCAAGAAUCCCUCUGUGCUCUGUUGCAGCCUGUCCAAGGUUCUGACACCUCAUGACGGAGAGAUGAAAAGAGAGACAGACACAGAGAGAUCCUCCAUCUGCUGGUUCAUUCCCCAAAUACCUUCAACAGCAGAGCUGGGUCAAGCGGAAGCCAGAGCCUGGAACUCCACCUGUCUUCCACGCAGGUGAUGGGAGGCGAGCACUUGAGCCAUCACCCUGUGCCGCCCAGGGAGCACGCUAGCAGGAGGUGGAAUCGUGGUGGAGGAGCUGGGACUCCCAUCAGGUCCCACAGCACCCCGUAACUGCUGCUGGCUGUUGCACGUGGAAGGGAGAACUACAGACCACAGAUCAUGGCUACUGCACCUGCUGUGGCAGGUGAAAAGUCAAGCUCCAGUGACAGUGACAGUGAUACUGAAAAUGAUAGCUCCGAAGCCAGUGAGACCACGGAGAGCGUGUCCUCCUUUGAUCAGUUUGAAGAAGAAGAUGACCUGAGCUCAGAAGGCGUCGUAGAAGAGCCGACUUCCAGGCAGCUGCAGUUUGAAAUGAAUGAAGAGACACCUCCAGGAGCUGAAGCUACAGUUGAGAACAGCUGUCAGUUGGGAGAAUCAGGCCUUAUUGAAUGUGGGGAAAUUCUAAAGAAACUCUCCAGGCUCCUUUGGUACUACCUGUCAAAAUCCGAGAUGGUCAGCUUGCUGAAAGACUUUGUUGAAUCUGAAUUUUUUUUGAUUGAUGGAGAUUCCUUACUCCUCACUUGUGCUCUCCGUGUGAACCUCAAGAGGGGGCAAAACCUCCACUUCUUCUACAUUAUGGAGCGAUUUCUGCACGACUUUAUUCAAAAGGAAGCCAGAUUUGUAAUUGUCUUUUUUAAGGAUGCAGAAAAUAUAUAUUUUAACUUCCCUCAUUUUCUGGCCCUUCGUACUGCCUUGAUUCAACAUUUAGAAUACAAUACUGAUGUCACUGUUCAUACCGAGUUUUCCAAUUGUUUGUCUCCAGAAUGGGACAGAUUUCUUGAGGAAUGCUACCCGCAUUUCUUGGUCGUCUCAGAUGAAGGAAUAACCGCUCGACAAACAGAUUUUUUAAACAUUUUUAUCAUUCAUGCUCUUCAGAAGAAAAUCAAUAUAGUACAGCCCUUGGGGCUAGAGUCAGAUGUUCUUAGAAUUUAUGGAUACCAUACCUCAAGUCGCUUUGAGCACAGACAAUUCUUUGAAAUGCAUGAGAAACAGCUGCGACAUGCCUUACAUGCCCAUGUGGUUUCCCAAACGUCACAGGAAGCAAGAAUAUCUGUGUGUGGUCGUUUGAAACUAAAUGUGGAAGACCUGCAGAAAGAGGUGCAUCAAACGCUGUCCUUGCUUCAGGACCUGUGGCCACAAGGAGCUGAAAUCCGAGGUGUUGUCUGCUCUGUUUCGUGCUCGGUGGCACUAAAGCUCUACAAAAAAAUGUUACUAGAUUUAGAAGACCGUGAAAGCCCAAACACAUACACAGAAAACCGUGACACACAGGAUUUGAAGGAGGCACCCACACUCAGUGAAGCAGCAGACCUGUGCCGAAUGUACUGUCUCAGUGUGAUUUUCCUUCAGUGUUUACCUCUGAUCCAAAGAGCUAAGAGUAGAAUCAUUACUCAUAAAUGGGACGCCACACUUUUUCCAUUUCUAAGAAUGCUAAAGCAAUGUGAAUUUCUCAUCCUAAAGCAAUUAAAAGUUACAAAUAAUUGGAGUGUGGAUUUCACUGGCCUCCCUGACUUAACUGAUAAUAUUUUAUGGAAAAAUAUUGCUUAUUAUUAUGAAAUUGAGUAUCAUAGAGGACUCGACUUGGAAUUGGGUGACGCUCUGAUGCACAAAUAUCACAAGCUGUGGAACACAACGUUAGCCUUGUCAGAGGAUAGUGACUUUGGAGACUCCAUGCCCGUGAGGACAACUUCCAGACUGUUCCUUACACAGAAGGAAACAUUGCCUGAAGGAUCAAAUCAAGAAAUUCCCAAGCUUGGACUAAUUCCUCUGAAAUCCGAGGUUAUAGAAGAUUACGCUGGAGAUAUUUGGUCCGAACUACCUUUUGUAAGCAGUGAUGACCCAGCUAUCACCUGGCUUUCUAAGAAGAGAGAGUUUGAUGAGCUCAUACAUUGGCAUUCCUCUCGACCUCUAAGUGAUGAUUUUGAAAGGACAAGAAACAGAGAUAGUGCUAAAUCCAAAGAUGCCAAAGAAAGAAGGGAUACACAGAAACUGUAUCGUUUUUAUCAUAUGUUUGGAAGGUCUUUGGUAGGAAGUAACAGAUCAGUAAGGAUUACAAGAGCGGGCUCGCUGCCAUCUCCAGCAAAUUCUUCCAGGCAGAAGAAAAGACAACAUCAGAAGAAAACUGCAGAAAAACUUAUUGAAGAAAAUCAAAAGAGACAACUAGCUAAACUAGAGAGAAAGGAGGAAGAGAGAUGGAAUAAUUUGUCUCUCUCUAUUGAAAAAGAAAUUAAAGAGAAUCUUCACUCUGGAAUCAAAAGACUAGAAGAUUUUCUCCAGAUAUGUGCUGUUAAAUCUGUAAAAUUUAUUGCAGAAAUGGUUGGAUUGGAUGCCUGUUUCAAAUUAUGGAAAGAAUGCUGUCUAAAACCAGAAGCAGAAUCCAAAGAUAUAAAUGUGGUAAUUCAGAUGAUGAAGAGGAUUCACAUACUGCACGAGAAAUACUCAGAGUUGUUACAGAAAACACACAGGCAAAAAUUAGCCAAAUAUCUAAAAUAUAUCGGUUUUGACAACUUGGCACACACGUUAUGUCCUCAGGAGAAGGAGUCAGGUGCUGAGAAGGAUAUUUAUAAAUACUCAGUUCACAUGGGAGCAGCUCGGUUUCAGUUAACGCACAUGGGCCCUUACUUGUUUCGAGAAGAAAGAAGUGAUCCAGAUCCCCGGGUGCAUCAUUUUAUACCAGACACAUGGCAGAGGGAACUCCUGGAUGUCGUAGAUAACAAUGAGUCGGCUGUGAUUGUUGCUCCAACCUCAUCAGGGAAAACCUACGCCUCCUACUACUGCAUGGGGAAAGUCCUACAGGAGAGCAAUGAUGGAGUGGUCGUGUACGUUGCACCCACAAAGGCUCUGGUUAACCAAGUGGUGGGAACUGUCUACAAUUUGUUUACUAAAGCACUGCCGAAAGGCUCAGUGGUGUGUGGAGUUUUCACAAGGGAUUACCGCCAUGACACCUUGAACUGUCAGAUAUUAGUAACAGUGCCUCAGUGUUUGGAAAUACUCUUGCUAUCACCUCAUUAUCAGAAAUGGACAGAAAGAAUACGAUAUGUCAUAUUUGAUGAGAUGACAUUCUGGAAAAGCUGGAGCUACAGGAAAUGAAAAUAUUCAACAUUUGCUAGAGUUUCGAGUCUGGGGACAGUAGGUUGAGCUACUUCUGACUGCAAAGAUUUUCUGCUGAUGGAAGAAUUCCAUAGGAGAGAGAAGUUCGAUUUGCCAAGGAGGCUGACCUCCAAAAUGAGACAUCCCCAUCCUCAGAUGCAAGUCUGCGCCUCAUCUGUUCCUGCCCAAAAGCCUGUUCAAGCCUUGAAGAGCUGUCCUCGAUGCUGCUGGCGGAGCCUGAGGGAGACCCACAGUCCCCAGGGUCAGGCCUGAAUCAGAGAGGCUGCCGCCCGAGACGGCCGCGGCAGUUCCCUUGCACUUGUGGACAUUGGUAGGCGUGGUCUUCUUCUUCGGCAGCUUCCGGAAGACUACCCUUCGGGACUCGGUUGCUGUUCCAGAGGAGCAGAAGGGCUUGUUCUUUGACCGCACACAAGGACUAGAAAGCAGAAGCUUAGAGAAACUCCAAGAAUCCCUCUGUGCUCUGUUGCAGCCUGUCCAAGGUUCUGACACCUCAUGCGUCGUGGAGUUCUUUGUUGGAACAUGUGCUGAGCACUGGCGCUAAGCCUUCGAACAAGGAGGUGAGCAGCCAAGAGCAACACCUGCAGGAAGGGCCGGGCUGCCGGUGUCGGAGGAGUGGCAGUAGAUUCAACAGGACCCUCAGGUUUGUCCCUCCUCGCCUGGUGAGUCUUCUUGAAAUGUUUGUGCGUAUCAUAUGACAGCCCUGGCCACAGGCAGGGGGCACUUGGGCCUUCAGGAGCCAGGGGAAAGGAAGAAUAAAUUGUGUAUUCUAUUGUAUGUUAUAAAUUGAAUGCCGUAUAUUCAAUUUGUAUUAUAUAUUAUAAAUUUCAUACCACAUGUUCUAUUAGGUUUUAAAUUGUAUAUCGUAAAAUGUGUAUGUGCUCAGAGGUAUCACAUACGGUUCCAGACGGAAUGAGCCUACCUGGCUGAAUUGUCAUGCCAGGAUGGGUGAACCAGCAGGUGAGUCAUCUUCUGCCGGGUGGGCAAUUACAAUGCCCAGUGACUGUGUGUUAAUCUCCAGGUUUCUUGUGUUAUUUUCUGGAUUUGUAGUUCUACUUGGUGGCUAGGAGCUGAGAAAAUGGAUCUAGUCAUCCAGAAAGGAAGUUCCUGCUCACAGGAGAGACAGAGGUCUUCCACAUGCUGGUUCACUCCCCAGUUGGCUGCAAAGGCCGGAACUGUGCCAGUGUGAAGCCAGGAGCCAGGAACCUCUUCUGGGUCUCCCACGUGGGUUCAGGGGCCCAAGGACUUGAGCCGUCUUUUACUGCUUUCCCAGGCCAUAGCAGAGAGCUGGAUCGGAAG